CAAUGGUUGCGCCGCAUUCUCACCUGACAUUCGUACCAGUUCGUACGUACACGUUCGCACGACUCAGCACGACAAAACAAAAAAAGACGUACAAAUAACGUAAAAAUGACUACUUCGAAGGAAUUAAAUUUAGCUAGAAAAAGUCUCGUGACGUCGCUUGGGGAGAAUGCCAAAGUAUACUUCGAUAAGAUGAAGCUGUGGUUCCAGAUGAAGACUACAAAGGAGGAGUUUGAUUGCGAAGCACGCAAUAUUAUGACGGAGGAACAGGUCCGUUUGCAUAACGAGUUCCUGCUGUGUCUCUUCAACAAAGUUCGUGGACUAGCUGCCGCUACGCCUACCUGCAAGAUAGAUAGGGAUAAAACUGCGAAAGAAAGGAGGUUAAGACUCAAACGCAAGUACAAAACGGAUAAAUCGAACUUUGAGCCGGCAGAUAUGUACGUGGAAGUACCGAGUCAAGCUUCGUCUCCAGUCAGAGAUGAACCCGUAGGCGCUAACCACUCCAGUGCUCAGGAGCUGAUACUACCAGAUCGAACCUUCGUACUGGCCCGAUUGAUGCUCGCUGCGUGGGAAAAUAACAUGGACGGUGCCAAAGAGGACACCGCGCACAUUAUCAUAGCGGCGACGCAAAUCUUCUUGAAAAAUAUACUUACCGCAAUUUUCACGCGAAGGAAAGGAUACGCCGUGCGGGAUAAUUCCUUUAUCUAUAACAUUGGGGAGCCGGUGCCCAGUUCGUGGAAAAGGAACUCUAUGUAUAUAAGCCCAUUCAAUUCUGGGCCAACGGAAGUAAUAGAGUCUUAUGGCCAAGUACCUGCGUCACAGCCGUACGUCGAGGAGGCCGAACAAGCCACCGCUUUUUCGUACGCGUGUUCCACUCAGGUUGUCCCCCCUCCAUUGAAACCAGUCAGUACAGCUGACUUGCAACACGCGUUGAAGAUAUAUAAAAAUCUUGUUAGCAAUCACACUAUCUACGCUACUAACAUGGAACGCUUGUACACGUACGCUACUCACCCGACAUGGGAAGAUUUGGAAGCGAAGAAAUUACUGUGUCAGUCUUCAACAUAAAUUACGCUUGUAAUCGCAGUGCUUAAUAUUAUUUAGUUUAUAAUUUUUUCAUGUUAAUAAAGUAGAUCUCUAUGUA